CCAUCUCCUAAGGACAAACCUCACAGCUCAGGCCCAUGUCAAGGGACUCUGAAGGGAGGGGUGACCUUUUCCUCUACUUCGACUUUCAUUGCAAUACCAGGAAAUUUGAACUGGAUUGUCUGUAGGAGGGAAGUUCAUGUUCAUGCCAGUUCAGCCCACUGGGAAUCUCUCUUUCUGCACGCUAUACACUGUGGAUGUCCUGCUUUGGCGUUUCAGCCACUUGGAACGACCACUAAAGUCUUGAGUUCUGGAACCUCUGGAUUCGAUCUAAAAUGACCACUGAUUUUGUGUUGAUGGACAACUGUUUCUCUGCAAGAUCGUGGUUUCUUUAAGACUCUUGACUUGGGAAAGAACCACAUGAGAAAAGCAAAUCUUUGGGCAGUCUGAGCAAGUGCCCCCUGACUUAGCAGCCAAAACUGCCCUUUGACCUUGAGCCAUGAACCCCAACCCUCUCAUCUAUUGCACCUGCUUGGACCCCUGGAACUUGGGACCACGGAAGCUAAUCAAGACCCCUCGGCCACCAAAUAAGGCCCCCACAGGGAGGUCCAAGCUAGCUCCUCUUCUACCUCCCUCAAAACAACACAAUUACCUCCAACCAACAAAUCCUGUUGUUGCCCCAAAAGCGAAAUUCCAUUUAGCAAGGCAAGAGGAGAGCAAGAAAUCAUCUUACGAAGUGAUCAACGUGUCACCUGGCUAUCAACUCUUUCGGAGUCGGGAGCAGAUUUCCGUCACCUUGGGGGAUGAGAUGUUCAAUAGGAAAAAGCAGCUGGAAUCAGAGGUCAUGGACAGAGUCAAAUUUUCCAGGACUGAUAUUGUUUCUGAUCUAGAAGAGCAGAUCUCGGAGCUAACAGCAAUAAUAGAACAAAUGAACAGAGACCACCAGUCUGCCCAGAAAUUGCUCUCUAAUGAAAUGGAUCUGCGCUGUGCUGAGAUGAAACAGAACUUUGAAAACAAGAACAGGGAGCUCAAAGAGGCUCACAAAGCGGAGGUCAGUGAGUUGGAGAACAACUACAGAGCAACCUUGAAGGAGGAGAAGUUGGCUGCCCAAAAGAAGCUAGACGAGAUGGAAAAGGAAAUUAAGUAUUUGAAGAAUAUAUUUCAUCUGUAUCAGGAUAGCAUUUAUGAUGAAAUGGAAGACAAAUGGUCAAAGCGGAAGGCAGAAUGGGAGAAAGAUGAGAAGUUAGAGCGGGAAAAGAUGCUGCUACAGCAAAAAAAUAAAAUGACAAAAAAGUUUGAGUUAGAGUCAGAAGAAGAAAAGAAGAAAAUAAAUGAAUCCUACAGUGCUGUCUUUGAGAACUUCAUUCAAGAGAAGGAGGAGCUCUUGAAACAACAUGACAGUGACACCUUGCAAAUAGAGGAGCUGAGAAAGAGCAAGGCGGUCAUAGAGGAAGAGUUGCAGGCACAAGCUCUUAUCUUAGAGUCACUUAACACAAACCUCUACCAUACCCAGCUGGAACUCCAGAGAGAGAAAGCUGCGGUGGGAAAUCUGGAAAAAAUGCUGCAGACCAAGCUUGCCGAAGCUGAGGACAAGUAUAAUUAUACCAUACAGAGCCUGACACAGGAAAACAAUCAUCUAAGGCAAAAUAUAAUUGCCAAGAAUGAAGAAAUUUUUGAAGGACGUUCUAGGAGAUUGGCUUCUAGUCCUGCUUAUGAAGAUGAUUCUGAUACCUUAGAAGAUGAUAAUAGCAAAGGACAAGAAUGAGAAACAAAAAGUUGCUCUCUGUAGCUGAAGAUGGUAGGCACCCCAUCCUGUAGGCCUAGGGAACUCCUGUGAGGUUUUCUUGAGAAAUGCAUAUAAUGUUUGGUUCCUGGGUUGCUCUGACUAUUUUUGUCUCUUCACAAUUUGCUUUCUUCUGAGCGGCUGGGAAUGUUUGACUUCUCAUCUCAGCUGCACAGCUUAUCACAACUCUUCAUUGCAAAGCGAUGUUCUCUGUACCUGGAACUUUGCUUUCUCUGGGCUUUGUACCAUUUCCCCCCACCCCCCCCCUUUUCAUAUUUCAUUAGAAAGAGAUGGAUUUGGAGGCCUUGUUCCUAUUGAACGUUGAUUGUGCUUUGGCAUGUAUCAUGUGACCCCUGGGGACUUUUGCUAGCCAAAAAGAUAAUUUAUUGAUUUGA